AUGGCACAAAACCUGACAGAAGAUGGCAAGGUUACUAAACGCAUCAUUAAGGCAGGCGAGGGCCUCCAGCCGAAAAAGAAGAGCGAAGUCAGUGUUCACUACGAGGCAUUCCUUGUAAAGCAAGACUCAAAAUUCGACUCUUCGCGCGAUCGCAACGCGCCAUUCGCCUUCACAUUAAAUGGUGGACAAGUGAUUGAAGCAUGGGAAAUCGCGGUACCCACUAUGAAAGUUGGUGAAGUCGCCGAGAUCACCUGUUCUUAUGAGUAUGGUUAUGGUGAAAAGGGACGUGCUCCUAUUGUCCCGAAGAAAGCGUCUCUACGUUUUGUCGUCGAGUUGCUAGGCGCAUGGGAGCCCGCAGGAUCUGCGCGACAGCGACUUGAAGCAGCAGCAUCGAAGAAAGAAGAAGGCAACGAACUAUUUAAGAAAGGUGCUGUUGAUAAGGCACUCUUCGCAUAUCGACGGGCUCGUGAUUAUAUUAUUGAUUUGUGGGAUUGCGAACCAGAGGAGCAGGUUGAAUGUCGUGAACUGGUCAUCGCCAUUCAAUCCAAUAUUGCCAUAUGCUACAUCAAAUUGCGCGAGUGGGAUAAUGCUCUUGAAGUUUGUAAAAAGGUUCUCGACCGUGAUCCGUGUAAUGUCAAGGCUUGUUACCGUAUAGGUCAAAUUUCCACUGAAACGCUUGACUUUGAAGAGGGCAUACAAUAUGUAAAAUUAGGCCUGCAGGUAAUAAUUAACUGA